AUGGGCUUCCCACAGCUGCUCCCAGGUCUCAUAGUCGCGUUAGCCUACACCGCAUGCCAGGACAAGCGCGGCGCCAAGGUUACCUGGCUUGUCUUGCCUGUACCCGCUCAAGCUCUGCCGUUUUGUAUGAUCUUGACCGAUUUCAUGUUUGGGGGUGGGCAUGUCCACGUGCAAAUCCUUGGUCUCCUAGCCGCCCAUCUGCACGACUUCCUGACACGCCUGUGGCCGGAGUUUGGUGGUGGCCGGAACCUGUGGCCAACUCCUGGAUUCCUAGGCUGGUUUACCCAGUUGUUGCGCGACUACGGAUUUAUUAUUAGUCGUUCAGGCCAAGAAGCAAACAGCAGGGCAUCCGGCCGCUCUACCGGAGCGUUAACCGGUUCGGUUUUGCCUGAGUCGUGGAAGACAAGAGGUCCUGGACGUCGCUUGGGUGGUGAUUGA